AACUUAUAUAUCUCGAGCAGGUUUAUAUAAUAAACCAACAAUUGUUAAACCUAUUUUAUACACCUGUUUCACGUCGGGCACAACCUUUACAGUUGCCUUGACUUAUUCCGAAUAUAAACGAAGGAUCAGCAGUAAAGAUAUUAUAGAACCUUAUAAUAGUAAGGAGACAUCAACUAUUACAAAAUGGGUCAAAAGAGUUUUUAAUCAACAGAUAAAAAAAUUACGAGAUUGGAAUGUAUAUAUAGAAAUUGAAAGGAACAUUGCACUUAUAACUAAACGAUGGAUUUCAUUAAAUGACUGUAAUAAAACAUUAGCAGUAUUAAUUGGGAUCAAUUCAAUAAUUUUUGGAAUGUGGCAAUUAGCACCACUUCAACCUUUAAUGGAAAAAUUUUUUGUUCAUAAUCCAUUAUCAGGUAGAAUGUUUACAUUAUUGACAUCAGUUUUUAGUCAUAAAGCAGUAUGGCAUUUAGGUUUCAACAUGUUUGCAUUAUGGUCAUUUGGCGAAGUGGUUUAUAGAAUGUUUGGUAAAGAACAAUUUCUUGCAUUUUACCUUAGCUCAGGAGUAAUAUCAUCAUGUGCAAGUCAUGUAUUAUCAUUGAUGUUUAAAAAUUGGAAAAACAUAAAAGGAUCAUUAGGAGCUUCGGGAGCUAUUUUCUCGUGUCUAAGCGCAUGUGCCAUAGAAUAUCCAGAGGCGUCAGUAUAUUUGAUAUUUCUUCCAUUCUUUCCUAUAAAGAUUGGUUAUGUACUUCCAGUGCUUAUGGCUUUUGAUUUAUAUGGAAUAAUAUCAGGAAUGGGAAUGUUUGAUCACUUU